AUGGAGCGGGGCGUGCCUAGUACUAACGGCUUGACAGAGAGCAUGAUGGCAGGCGCGAGCUUGCCGCGAUCGGCGAGCGAGGUCAUGCUGCAGGACGCGGAGAUGGACGAGAUGGACAGAGAGGUGCUGCAAGAAGCGUUCGUGCGUGUGGUGGGGCUGCAGCAGCGUGUGCAGCACAACCGCGACCUGGGCUUGUUCCUGGUGCUCAUGGCGCUCUUCAUCACCAUCCUUUACCUCCAGACCGGCUCCUCCAGAAGCUAUGAAAUCACCUCCGCGCACUCCGUGCUCUUCCCCCCCCGUAUGCUCCCCACUACCCCUCUCGUGCUCAUCCCCGGUUGCUUCCCCCUGACCCUCCACACUCCCCCACACUGUCCUUCUCUCCUCUGUCAUUUACCCGGGUGCCCCAGCCCUCACUAG